AUGUCGCCAGAAGCUGCUGCUGCUGCUUCUGCCAACGUCACGGGCUUGUUGAUGUACGGCACCGCUAAGCAACACGAUCGGUCCCGCUUCCCGUGGCACGAGUCCAUCGAGAAGCUGUGGACAACCAAGUGGGAACCACUGGUCAGGAUUGGAGCCUACCCGUUCGACCGGUGGAGCCAGCAUUCAGACUUUGAGGCGAUUAUGACCAGCCUUGCAACCAAGCAUGCUGGCGUUUCGGCCAACGAUUUCGACGAGGACGAGUGGGCGUCGCACUUUCUCGAGCCCGGCGCGGCCAUCCUCCGCCAGGCGCAGGAGUACGAUGCGCAGGGCGAGAGGGAGAAGGCCAUCGAAACCUAUCUUCGCAGCGCUGCCGUGUUCAGAAUCGGGACGUAUCCCUGGUUUGGUCACACGAGUCGGUCGCAGGCCAAGGCCAAGACCUGGCAGCUUGACAAGCUGGCAUACGAAUCAGCCAUGAGGCUGGACGAGUACCGCUUCGAGACGGUCGACAUCCCCUUCAACAACGCUCCGCCGUGCAGCUCGGCGCUGGUGAUCCCAGCCUAUGUCACAGCGCCGAAGCCGCCGGCAAAGUCCACCAGAGUGAUCCUGAUCAUCGGAGGGCUGGACCUGUACAAGACCGGACCGCUGCAGAUGAUCUCGGAGGUCUGCGACAUGGGCUACACCGUCGUGCACGUCGACAUGCCUGGCACAGGCGACUGUCCCAUCACCGGCAAGGGCACCGAGGACGAUCGCGCGCUCUGGAAGUCGAUCCUAGACUGGAUCGAUGAGCAGAAGGGGCCGCGAGGCUGGAGCGAGGAGGGAAUCUACGCGUGGGGCCUCUCGAGUGGCGCCUACCACUCUGUCAAGCUUUCACGCUACGAGAGGCAGAGGGUCAAGGAGGUCCUGGUCCAUGGCACCGCCAGCCACUAUACAUUCAACGCAGAUUGGCUCGAGUCGGCCGACCAUCUCUACUACUCGGUGGCCUACUGGUCGUCGAUUGCCAAGGCAUUUGGAUACCACGACAAGCACGAGUUUGCUCGAGAGUGCCAGAGGUACUCUCUACUCAACCAGGGCCUUCUGGAUCGCCCAGGCACACGUCUGACAGUCAUCAACGGUAUCGAGGACAGCGUGGUGCCCAUCGACGACUCGAUCCUGCUCUCGUCGCGCGGUACUGGCGCGACGCUGCUCCUCUUUGCCGGGGAAGACCACAUGGGGCUCCCAUCGGCCGAGCCGUUCCUAAAAACGUUUUGGCGGAGCCGCUUGACGUGA